GGCCGUCGCGCUGCCUCGAUAUCCCGGACCCUCGGCUCCACCCCUUAGUAGGCGCGCCGAGCGAUCGAUGGAGCAACAGCUGACGACAACUCCUCUUCUUCCUCGGACCGGCCAUUUCCGCACCGGCCUGAAAGGGAAACAGGACAAAAAAUAGCACUGGUAUGAAAACAUGCCUCCAAAAUUCAAGCGCCACCUCAAUGACGAUGAUGUUACUGGGUCAGUCAAAAGUGAGAGGAGAAACCUCCUAGAGGAAGAUUCAGAUGAAGAAGAGGACUUUUUCUUGAGAGGACCAUCAGGGCCAAAGUUCGGAUCCCAAAAUGACAAGAUCAGACAAGUUCAAAACCAGGUUGAUGAAGUUAUUGAUGUCAUGCAAGAAAAUAUCACCAAAGUGAUAGAGAGAGGAGAGCGGUUGGAUGAUUUGCAAGAUAAGUCAGAAAGCUUAUCAGAUAAUGCAACAGCUUUUAGUAACAGAUCCAAACAGCUCAGAAGACAAAUGUGGUGGCGAGGCUGCAAGAUGAAGGCAAUUGUAGCUUUGGUUGCUGUUGCUGUAUUGCUAAUCAUUAUUGUUCCCAUCAUCCUCAAACACCGCACUUGACUUGGAGAUGAACAUUCUUGUGGACACCACUUCAGGAUAAUAGCAAAGCUAGCAACUGUAUGAUUUCAGUGGGAUGUAUUGUGUAUAUAGCUCUGAAGGGCAUCCCACCUCAACCCCCAGGGAAGCAUAUCUACCCAGUUCCACCAAGAGCAUCCAGAGGACCUGGCAAACAUGACUUUCAGUCAAGAAUUAACUAUACUGCCAAUAUCGGAUCCAAAACCUCAUUGUUGUUGUUACAAAGGAGACCUAUAUGGAAUCAGAUACUUGUCAGUAUUUUAUUUGUUUUUUUAAAUAAUGUAUAUAUAAGUGUGUGUGUGUGUAUAAUAUAUGUAUAUAUAAAAUUGGUAAUGUUAUUUAUAAUUUAAAUAGUUUCCUACAGCUAUUGAUAAAGUAGUGGAGCAAAGAAUUAUGGAGGGAAGAAGGAACUGUAUAGUCUAUAUCAUUGUUUAAAAAAACAUUCUUUCUUCAACUGAAUAAUUACAAAGAUGACUUUCUUAUGGGGGAAAAUAUCCCAAAAUAUGGGUUUGCAAACCAUCAUUCUGUAUUUAAGGGAUUCUGAAGUUCUGUGUUCUUGUUAUUCUAUAAAUGCAUUCCAGUAAAAAACUAUUUUUGACUGCAAAUGUCUAGCUCUUAGUAAAUUACUGAAAUAAAGAAGCUUCUAAUUCAGUUAAGGCAAUUUAAGUUUUGCAAACUUUGAAUAUUUAAACAAAAAAGAAUGCUCUUAUUCAUGCAACUGCAAGCAAAACAGUAUGAUUUCUGCUGCAACAUUAACAGCAGUGGGGUUCCUAUGUGGUAUAUUCAGGUAUAUGACAAAAAAUGCAGCAUUUCCUUUUCAUCUUUGAAACCUAGAGUUGGCCUGAGUCUUCAUCUAGGCCUUUAGCAAUAGUUUUGGGGCUCCCUGGCAUCUCUCUUUCUUCCAUGUUUAUUAUUUAGGCUGCUUAUUAUCCCAUUCUCUAGGAAACUUUCUUGUUCAUUACUGUGUGCAGAGGAAUGAAUAUUGCUUUCUGAGUAGGCAUGGAAUAUCAGUGCAGAACUACUGGCAUGAAAAAGAGAUUGCAGAUAGUCCUCAGCUUACAACCAUUUCUUUAGUGAUCAUUCAGAGUUAUAACAGCACUGAAAGCACUUAUGACCAUUUUUCACACUUACAAUCGUUGCGGCAUCCCUGUGGUCACAUGAUUAAAAUUUGGAUGCUUGGCAACUGGCAUGUAUUUAUAACGAUUACCAUGUCCCAAGAUUGUGUGAUUACUUUUUGCCACCUUCGGAUAAGCAAAGUCAAUGGGUAAGCCAGAUUCACUUAAAAACUGUUAUUAAAAACUGCACUGAUUCACUUAGCAUCUGUGGCAAGCAAGGUCGUAAAAUGGGCAAAACUCACGUAACAACUGUCUUGCUUAGCAAUGAAAAUUUUGAGCUCAUAUGUGAUGGUAAGUUGAGGACUAUUUAUGCAAGAAACAAGAAUUGGUGUACCAUGAAAGCACACUUCCUGUAUUUAAUUUUCCAGCUUCAAGACCUAAAUAACUUAAAAUGUUUGAUGUGGCAAGGUAACAUAUUCAUAUGGAGGUGUGAAGGAGUGUGUGUAUAUAUGUAUAUGCAUUAGAAAUGUGUUUUGUAUGGUUCGUAUGUCAUUCCAUGAUAUAAAAGGUUGCCAAAGCAUGGAACAUUUUAUUGUAUUAAAGUACAAUAAAAAUAAGGUCAAUCACACAAAGCAAGCCAGCAAAAUAAUAUCAGGGAACAAAAUAAAAAUGUCUUUGCACAAUAUUGGAAAAUAUUGUACCCUCUUCAAGUGAUAAUGUACCUUUUUCUAAAGCAUGUAGAUAAAUUAUCUUACAUGAGCUAUAAAUCACUAUGGUAAUCAUGGGGCACAAAAUAAUGGUUGAGUCACAGAAAUGGAAUGAUGCUUUGUGGUACUUGCAAAUCAGUGUGUAGUCUUGUAUUACUGGAGAGACUGGCCAGUUUUCUCAUUAGCUGCAUUGUAUUUCCAUAUCUUUAUCCAACUGCCCUGGGUUCUAUUCAUUCCAAAAUUUUCCUCAAGCUUUUAAAAAGAAAUGUUUUAUUUGUUUUUUUCUCUUCAUGCUGCCAUUCAUUUUUAAAAAUCCUUUGUUGAUCUUGAUUACACUCAUUCCUUUCAGCAGAGAAAUCAUUUGACAUUAAUUGAAAAAACUUAUUUUAAGACAUCUAUUUUUGUCUGUGUUACUAUCACUGCUAUUGAUUCUUUGAAUUGAUUUCUAUGUUAACUUUUCCUGGUCUUUUCUUUCUGAACUUCGGUAAUUUUCUAUUCCUAUAAUUUGCUGUUCCUUAUGAUCCUGCGUGCUUCUUUCUGAACAUAUUUUCUGGGCAAUCCCCAUUAUUUUGCACUGCUACCUUUACAUUGAUAACUGUUAAAUCUUCUUUUUGUUACUAUGCCUUCCAUCUAGUUUUCCUAAUUGUUUUCUUCUAUAGCGGGGGUGUCAAACUGCUGGCCCUUGGGCCGGAUGCGUCAUGCCAAAACCGCACCCACCCCAUUGCAGGCAAUGGAGAAAAAAAUCACGGUACGACGUUGCAAGUUUGACACCCUUGUUCUAUAGUGUCCUGUUGUUUCAUUCUAUGAACAGCAAAGAAGCCAUUUUUUUUCAACAUGUGGGGAGUCACUGAUGGAGAAGAUUAAGGUAACGGGCAAAAUUUGGGAUUAUAUAAAUUUAGUCAUUUAAUCCAUUUCCCAAACUCAAUUAUUUAAUACAGUAUGCCUUUCCUGCUAAAAGUUUGACAUAUAUGACUAUAUGUGACUAAUAUUCUGAAGAGACUCAGACAAAUAAUUUGUGAAAUAAGAGGGACAAUCAGGCUUGCAAGAUUCUGUUAUUAUACUCUCUCUCAAUAAAGUAUAGUUCUGCUCUUCCUCUGAA